AACCUUAGUCAUUAAUAUAUCUCAAUACCUCAAGAGAAAGAUAUGGACAAUUGUUCCAUCUUUCUCCCCGUCUUGCUCGUCAUCUUCUCGUAUUUUAUUUCAUCAGUAUACAUUAAAAUAAGACGCAAUGACGGCAAGACUAAACUCCCGCCAGGCUCAAUGGGCUGGCCCUUCAUCGGCGAAACCCUCCGUCUCUACUCCCAAGAUCCAAACAUCUUCCUCUCCACCCGACACAAAAGGUAUGGAGAAAUCUUCAAGACUCACAUUCUAGGUUACCCUAGUGUGAUGCUAGCGGGCCCGGACGCGGCCCGAUUUGUCCUGGUAACUCAAGCCCAUUUGUUCAAGCCCACUUUCCCAAAGAGCAAGGAGGCCUUGAUCGGGCCGGAGGCCCUUUUCUUCCACCAGGGCGACUACCAUCUCCGGCUGAGGAAACUCGUUCGGGCCGGGCUGUACCCGGAGUCGCUCCGCAGGCUUGUCCCGGGAGUCCAGGCGGCCGUGGUUGCAGCAUUGCGCUCGUGGGCAGACGGUGGAGUAGUCAACACUUACAAUGAGAUGAAAAAGCUGUCAUUCGAAGUCGGCAUCCUAGCCGUUUUUGGACACCUCGAGCUUGGCUACAAACAGGAGUUGAAGAAAAAUUAUGGUGAAGUUGAGAGAGGCUACAAUUCUUUCCCAACAAAUUUGCCAGGAUCCACAUAUAGAAAGGCCAUGAAGGCGAGGAAGAAGCUGAGCGAAAUUAUCGGUGAGAUAAGCAGAGAAAGAAGGGAGAAGAAGGUGGUUGAGACUGAGAAGGAUUUACUGAGCUGUCUGCUGAGCUCUAAAGACGAAAAUGGCGGAGCUCUGAGCGAUGAACAGAUCGGUGAUAACGUAAUCGGAGUUCUGUUUGCUGCGCAAGAUACAACCGCCAGCGCCAUGACGUGGCUAGUUAAAUACCUUCAUGAUAAUCCUAAGCUUCUGCAGGCUGUCAAGGCUGAGCAGAAGGCGAUAUACGAAGCCAACGACGAAGGAGAGAGUGUUUUGACGUGGAAUCAGACAAGAAAUAUGCCCUUAACUAACAAGGUGAUCAUGGAAACCUUGAGAAUGGCAAGCAUUAUUUCUUUCACUUUCAGAGAGGCAGUCACGGAUGUAGAAUAUAAAGGAUGCCUAAUUCCAAAAGGAUGGAAAGUCAUGCCUUUGUUUAGGAAUAUUCAUCACAAUCCAGAAUUCUUUGCCGACCCUCAAAAGUUUGAUCCAACAAGAUUUGAGGAUUCACCAAAACCAAACACGUUUUUCCCUUUCGGAGGUGGAGUUCACUCUUGUCCCGGUAACGAACUUGCUAAGCUGCAAAUGCUCAUUUUGGUGCAUCACCUAGCUUCUCAAUUCAGGUAUGAAUUGGUGGAAUCUGAAAGUGGGAUUCAGUUUGGACCAUUUCCAAUUCCUUUGCAUGGACUCCCAGCCAGAUUUUGGAGAGAAAAAGAUGAUGAAGAAGAUCAAUGGACCAAACAAUCUCUCAUCACAUCACCAUAAAAUAUUGUCACAUUGCUUCAUCACAUUAAUUAUUAUUGUUGCCUUUUUUGUUUUCUAAUCUCAUUUGCAUCUAUGUUGGAGAGGGAGGUAUAAAGAUACAUCCCUCUAGUUUUUUUCUUUUAAUGUUCAAAUUCUAGUUUGCAAGACUGCAUCAAUUGCAGCUAGCAUGCAAGAAUUGUAUGUACUAGCUAUUUAUUAGAAAUCAAAUUAGUAUUCAAUUUCAAUAAUAUAUAUAGUCAUUUAAAUAAAAA